AUGUCUACAGAAGUGACAAUCCACACCACGCCGCCCCCGGCGCUCAUCAACCUCCUGCGGUCCCACCACCUGCCGCCCGCGCUGCCGCUCCUGCGGCGCCUGCACUUCACCCGCUUCCCUGGCGGCAUCACGCCGCACGCCAGAAUUCUGUUUGCAUCGUCGUCGGCCACGCCGCUGACGGACGACAUGCCAGCCGGCGCGCGCUUUGUCGCUGGGUAUCUGGACUUGUCGCGCGGGCCCGAGACGGAGCUGUGGCUGUACUCGUCGAUGGAGCACCGGGGGGCCGCGGCGGCGGACGGGGGUGGGAAUGAGGGGGGUGGGAAUGAGGGCAAUGAAGGGGAAGAGGACCAGGCCAGAGAAUGCACCGCCCACGCCACAUCCCUCCUCCGCGAAGUCAAGCGCCAGCGCGACAGCUACGUCUUCGCCGGGAACGCGCGCGAGGGCACCACCGGUACGGUCCUGCUGGGCACCCUGAGCGAGAGGCUGCGGCUGGCGCUUGUGCGGUACGCGGGCGUGGUGUUUCCGUACCGACUCGAGCUUUACGAUAAGUGGGUGUUUCGCGUCGACGAGCUGCCAGAGGUGCGGAGUCCGGCGGCGGUUUUGGUUUUGGUUGGGGAUGGGAGUGGUGAGGGUGAGAGUGGCAUUGGCAUGCGCUGGGAUAGGGUGAGGCGCGAGGAUCUCCCGCUCGUGUUGUCGAGGACUCAUAUCAAUCGUAAGGAACGGACUGUUAGAUUGCUACCAAGCACGGCGAUUUACCUUAACGAUGGCACGCCAGUUGCAUGGGCCUUUCUUGGGCCUGAUUCUUCGUUGAGCAGUUUGCAUUGCGAGGAGCCGUAUCGCGGAAGAGGCCUCGCCAAAGCUGUUGCAGUCAAGGUGCUACAGGAUCACUUGAAGGAUUACGAUGAUGAAGGGUAUGGCUGGGCUGAUGUCGCGACAGACAACAGCCAAAGCCAAGGUGUCUGCAAGAGCCUUGGAGGGAAAGUCAUGUGGCAGGUGUCUUGGAGCAGGAUAGAUCUAGAUCGAAGCUUUCCCGACCAGUAA